CGAAAACCUUAAUACGGUGUUGUAGGAGCAUACUGUACUGAAGAAUAUUUUCUAGAACGGCUUAGACGCCUGAAACUUAAUCCUAUACCGCAUUGGCUUUGGCGCACAAGGCCCCGAGCGCCACGUUACCCCCACCCGCUGCUGCUGCUCCGUCGCCACUGCCGGCGCCUCCUCCUCCCAGCGCCUGAAGGCUGAAAGUGGUUGGAGGGCGAGUCACAGCGUGCCCAAGGCGCUCUUCGCCGGUGCCAUGAGAUCUUGAUUUCAUCCGGCACACCCGACUCAGCAGCCAGUGCCGACACCGGCACCAACACAAACUGCUGGCAGCUUCUCUCUCAUACUUCCGGCGCUGUCACAGGAAUUGACGCCAUGGGCAAGUGUGGUAGCACCGGACAGACACCCUCCCAAGACGCUGUAGUGGGCGCUUUGACGAACUUAGUAGAAGCAAUUGCUGGGCUAGCCCUCCAAGCCUGUGACCAGCAGCGGGAGAUUGCGGAACUCAAGCAGGACAUUUCAGAGCUGAAGGAACAGAUGUCAGAGCGUAAGCAGGAGGUUGCAGAGCUGAGGCAGGAGGUUGCAGAGCUGAAGCGGGACACUUCAGAGCUGAAGCAGGACACUUCAGAGCUAAAGUUGCAGAUGUCGGAGCUGAAGGAGCAGAUGUCGGAGCUGAAAGGUGGCGCCGGCAAGCUGCUGAUGCGGCAGAUGGCCACCCAGACGGUGAACAAACUCGGCCGCCUGGUGGAACCCAAAAUGUCAGCGCACGAGGCUCGCGAUUUGUGCAUGGCACUUGUGAAAGUAUUGGCCGAGAAGAAAGGCAGCAAAGUAUACAAGGAGACCGUCACGAAGUACCCUCUGCUGAAGACAGGGGUGAAUACCCUGUGCUACCUGGCCUGGCCGGUGGCGCACCCCAUGCCGGAGCCGGCUGUGACCGAGGAGCAGCUCCUGGAGGCCAUCAAGCAGCACGUGUCUCCUCACAUGCAGUGGGUCGCGGAGGAGGUACUGGCGUGCCUGGUGGACCUCGCGGUGCAGCUGAAGGAGCCGCUGUUCGUCUCGACAGCAAAGCCGGGUGCAGACGGAGAAGCUGUGUGCAAGGAAGCCGUGUGCAGGUCAUGACUCAUGAGUGACGUGUAGGGCACCAGCGAGGCCGGUGUCGUUGAGGGCCAAACGAUUCUGGGGUACGGAGCGUGGCUAUAGGCUGAUGCUAUUCCCCUAUGGUAGCUGGGGCGGGGACAGGGGGGUAUGGUGAGUUGCUAGCGGCGGAUUAACGUGGUGUAGUAGGCUUUGUGGUAGGGCGGGGUAGCAUCAGGGUUUUCUGCUGACAGAGUGCAUAUUUGCUGCCGAGCCAUGGGCAGCAACAGGUUUAGCUUGGUUGGCCUGCGGGUAUAGGCAUAUCAGGCAUAGGAGGCAAA